AUACCAUUUCAUACCAAUUAAGUCUCUCAAAGGGAAACAUAUUAAUAAAGAAAUCAAAAUGCAAAGGACAUUCCCCUAGUAGAGUCCUUGGACUGUGUACAGUGUAGAUUAGCUGAUUGCACAGCUCUAGCAUUAGUAUAUAUAUGAAUGAACAUAUAGAUGUUUAGACAUGCAGUGUAGGCCAUAUGUUACUGCAGCACACUUAGACAGCUAGGUCUAUACAUACUUCUGUCAUACUAGGCACAGCAUCAUUCAAACGGUCUAUCCAUGAUGGGGAAUCCUAUUCAACUCUUCUCUGUAACAGGCCUGUUCUACCUUCCUUUUUUCCUUCUUGGAUACAUGAAAGGCAAUGUCAUUCUCCUCAUGGCCCUGGUCUUCAAGGGACCACGAUGGAUCUUUAAUCGCAAGACCAGGAACUUACGACCAGCCUGCAUGGAGGACACGCAACUAGGCACCCACAAAUUUGUUACUGUCAAGGAUAUCACACUACAUGUGGUAGAGUCAGGUGACCCUAAGAAUCCUUUGAUGUUAUUCCUCCAUGGCUUCCCUGAAUGUUGGUAUUCAUGGAGACAUCAAAUCAGAGCAUUCAACAAAGAGUAUCAUUGUGUAUCGUUUGACAUGAGAGGAGCUGGUGAGUCAGAUGCCCCACUAUCUAAGAAGUUCUAUGGCCUUGAUCAACUCACUGGAGACAUUCAUGAGCUGCUUCGUGUUAUGGGUCAUAAGUCCUGUAUCUUGGUAGGACACGACUGGGGUGGUAUGAUCGGCUGGGACUUUGCUUCUCGCUACCCAGAGAUGGUAGAUAAACUGGUCGUUGUCAAUGCUGCCCAUCCCCAUAAGUUCAGUGAACUUUUUCAAAGCUACUUCUUACCACAGCUGUGGCGCUCCUGGUACGUAUUUUUCUUUCAGCUGCCAUACCUGCCUGAGCUGUUGCUUUCCAUGGGUGAUUACACGUUACUAGACAAACAGUGUAUGAAGGGCCCUGCAACCAAGGAAGAUAUAGAAGCCUUCAAAUUUGCUCUUUCAAGACCAGGGCGAGUCACAACAUUCCUCAACUACUACAGAAAUGCAGCGCAUCAGUUUUUCCAAGGAACAAGCCUCGUCCGUAAUGCCCCUACGCUUCUCAUUUGGAGCACAGCACACUAUGCUCUGCAUAACAAACUAGUGGAUGGAACAGAAAGAUUCGCUCCUAAACUAACCAUAGAGAGAGUAGAAAAAGGUGACAUGUUGGUGCACCAGGAACAGCCUGAUCUAGUCAAUGGACUCAUGAAAAAGUAUCUUGCAGAAUAAAUUUAAUUUUUCUAUCUAUUUCUUCCCUCAUUUCCAUGUGUAACUUUUUGUAUGUUUUUGUAGAAUCUGCCUUGCAUGGACCAUUGAUAAGCUGGUCAAGUCCUAAGCUUUCCUUAAUGAUUCCUUCUUUUUUAAAAUUUAUGCUAUAAAAAAUGCCGAUAUGUGAAUAUUAUCUCAGUCUGUAAUGUUGAAUAAUCAAAAAGAAAAAAAAGAAAAAAAAAUGAUCUUGUUAUAUGUUAAUCAUGUGAAAGCAACAUGAGAGAGCCUACAGAUUACAGAAGUCCAUGAAAUGUUAAUUGAGUAAAAUGUGUAAAAUGGUAAUUAUACAAAAGAAUUGGAAAGGGCCUAAUAGUAAAUGUGAUCACAUUUAUGCUAUCUAGAUACCUAAUUUUGUUGUAAAUCAAAGAAAUUUUAGAAUGAAAACAUGUACCGUAAAUAAAUUUAACAUACUUUGGUCCAAAUUAAAUUGUUUAUUUUUA